AUGAUUUCAUCCAACAUCGCAUUGCUGGUCAAACAACCAAAUACAUAACAUCCAGAUAUCACAGUGAGUUAACCACUACURCAAGAACACACACACAGAAUCAGUGGAUUUGAAUCAUCGYUAUGUCGUGGCUGGGAGUAGARGUGUCAGUCAYGACGAUACUAGUUCUAAGCCUUUUUCCUUUCAAUGCAUUUGGAAGCCUAGAAUGUGUCCUCCACAUAAAACUCGACUCAGUGGAUCGGUCAGCGGGUUUUCCAUUAGGUCGCGUCAUCAGUUGUGACAAGUMUGACAUCACCAACAAUCUAUGGUACCGCUUUACUGGUGCCGCAGGCUCAGCCAUGUCAACAAGCUGUGUACCAGAAAGGCACUGUGGARCCCAUUCUCCUGGUUGGCUUAAGGGACCGCUUCCUUCUAAGUCCCAGGGCGUGGUCAAUCGUAGAGUAUGUUAUCAUUGGCAAGGCGAUUGUUGUAAGUUUCAAAAUAAGAUUCGCGUACGAAACUGUGGWAAGUUCUUUGUAUAUCGACUUGUCAAACCACCUCACUGCAACCUUCGUUACUGUGGAAACGCUGGCCAAGGUACACCAGCACCUACAARGCCYCAAACAAAACCUCCUACAACCUCUCUCCCAGUCCCUAUAGAAUGCCAAUCAUAUACAGCGCUCAGUGAUGCAGAUCGUGCUCCGAGUUAUCACGUGRCCCAGCCUAUCAAAUGCGACAAGAAUGACAUCUCUAAAAAGUGGUACCGCUUUACUGGUGCUGCCGGCUCAGCCAUGCCAACUAAUUGUGUAUCAAAGAACCAUUGUGGAACCCAUGCUCCAGGAUGGCUAGACGGGUCUCAUCCUAAGAAAUYACAUGGAAUUGUUACUCGYAAAGUCUGUUUCAGCUGGAAUAACAACUGCUGUUUCUGGAAUAACAAUAUUCGUAUUAGAAAUUGCGGAGGGUUUUACGUGUAUGAACUGRUCAGGACCCCACAAUGUCACCUGCGAUAUUGUGGGAAUGGUCAAGCACCGACAAUAAAACCAGCGAUUACCACGAAAAAUCCAGGAAACUAUCCAAACGAAUGUCGCACUUACACUGUGUUAUCAUCGAGAGAUCGAGCCCAAGGGGAGCAUAGAGGAAAUCUAACAAAAUGCGACAAACAUGACCUCACCAAGAGAUGGUAUCGUUUUAYGGGUGACGCUGGAACUCAGAUAGCAACGUCAUGUGUACCAGACCAUCAUUGUGGUACCCACUCCCCUGGSUGGAUGCGAGGCUCUCAUCCCAGGCAAGGAGACGGUGUCGUUACACGAAGGGUGUGCUAUAACUGGAUUGGUAAUUGUUGUCAUUGGUACAACAACAUACGUGUAAGGAAUUGUGGUGGUUUUUACGUAUACGAGCUCAUCAAACAGAACUAUUGUUAUUUGCGUUACUGUGGAAAUGGAGGACCAGGUAGGUCACGCAGCUAG